GCAGCUUUAGAGAGAGAGGAAAUUAAUCUCAGCUCUAUCCGCAAGGCUGAUGUAUUCCGCUGUAUUCUUAUAAUAUAGCUAAUAUUAAAAAAUCGACAGUGAGAAAUAAAUAACACGCGUUCCAUUUUUUUUCUUUCAGACCAGUUGUGGGAAAACACAACUGUGACGCUUGUUAGGGCGGAGUCCCGUGUACAUUUAUUUUUCGCAUGCGAAAAUCUACACGCAGUAAACCGAUUAAGAGUACCUGUAUAAGGUUUACUUUCCAAGCUCCCUACGCAGGGUGCUUCUAAGAAAAGUGGCGCCUUUCUUCGAAUGUGCCCUAGAGAAGAACUGGUAAGCUACGGAUGCUGGAGCCAGAUAUCCAGAGAGUAGCAGGGGUCCUGUCAGAAACACAGGACACGUUUUAGGCAAAGCUGCAGAAGAGAAAAUAGGGCUAAUAUCUGAUGCCUUUCUAAAAAAAACUGAUAGAAGAUAAACAUUUAACAGGUGCAGGUGGUCAUACGAAGAAGUCAAGCUUCCCCGAGGAAUACUUUCAUAGAAGUUCAGGAUCUAAAUCGCACUCUUGGAAAGGGGACUAUACCAUGGAGACCACCCUUUUCAUCUGUAUCUUGUUCACUGGUGCUGCGGCAACACAAAGUGUGCCUCCUACAAAACAAGGUCAAAUUUCAACUUUGCCUCAUCUGACUGGAUGUUUUUCUCGAGAGCUGUUGACUUUCCGUUGUCAGUGGGAGACUCGAUCCUUACAGAACACCACAGAACUUGAGGAUCUGAGACUUUUCUACAUAUUAGAAAAGGAUUCUAAGAAAAGUGAGAGAAAAUGGAAUGAAUGUCCAAGUUACAGCUCCUCGAGGAAUGAAUGCUACUUUGAUUCCAGUAAUACUAUAAUAUGGUACCCUUAUGCGAUCCAGCUGCGUUCACACUCUCUUGGCGUUGUUUAUGAUGAAAUGUCUUUCAACGUGGAGGACAUUGUGUUUCCAGACCCACCUGUAGGACUGAACUGGACUCUUUUGAGUAUGGGUUCAACUGGUUUAAUCUGUGAUGUGGUUGUGAGCUGGGAUCCACCUCCAUCUGCUGCAGAGAAUGUGAAGAUAGGAUGGAUGCUGCUGGUAUACGAGACACAGUACAGAGAAAAGGGUUCAGACCAGUGGAACUCACUGGAUAAUGGCAAAGAUACGCAGGCGUAUGUCUAUGGUCUCCGCAGCAACACCGAAUAUGAAGUCAGAGUCAGGUCAAAAAUGAGAGGCUACAACUUUGGUGUCUUCAGUGACUCCAUCUUCAUACUCAUUCCUAACAAAGAAACAAGAAUUCCUAUUACAGCUGUGCUUGUCUUUGCCACUGUUGGUAUCGCAAUUAUCUUGAUGCUGAUUGUAGUUUCACGUCAACAAAAGCUAAUGGUGAUUUUCCUGCCGCCAAUACCUGGACCAAAAAUCAAAGGGAUUGACCCUGUGCUUUUACAGAAAGGCCAGCUGUGUGAAUUCACAUCAAUCUUAGGCACCCACCCAGGCUUGCGGCCAGAACUGUACAGCAAUGACCCAUGGGUAGAGUUCAUAGAGGUGGACAUCGACGAACCACACGAGAGCCAAGAGGAGCUCCUUAUCGGCGACUCUCCGGUCUCUGAAUCGCCUCAAAUGUCCAGUAGUUUCAGGGAUGAUGACUCGGGUCGGGCUAGCUGCUGUGAUCCGGACCUGUCGGAUCACGAUCAGACUGAUCUACAUCACCCUUCAACCAGUAGCCAUGACGGUUUCCACCCGUUAUCACGUACACACUCUGGGCCACCGCAACCUGCGGCUGUCUGUCCACAAGACACAACCUGGUCUAACAGCCUUUACUCACAGGUGAGUGACGUCACCCAGCGUGGGGAAGCUGUGCUUUCUCCGGAAGAGCGGGAAAGAAUGAAAACCUGUCAUAAUGAUAUUCAGAAGGAUAAAGACAACAAUAAGAAAAUACAACAGUUGGUGGUGAUCCCUGAUGAAAGAGGCUACACCUCCGAGCUUGUUGCCAGUGCAAUCAGUGACCACCACAAUAAGCCAAACCUACCUACGACAGACCAAUCACAGAGUCAAGAACAACACGGUGCAUUCAGAGACAUUCAAAACCUGAGCACUGAGACAAACACGUCCUCUCUGUCCACUGCAUUUCCCACCCUUGAAAAGCCUACAAGUCCAGAGUACACUAUGGUAGAUGGGGUGGACUGGAAAAACAGUCUCUUCCUGAAACCAAAUACACCAACCACCCAACAGAAGGCAGCAGUAAAGACUUUGCCCACUCCUGAAGGAUACUUGACUCCUGACUUACUCGACAACAUUACCCCUAACUAAAAGUGGAGUACAUUUGCUCUUUGUGACAUAUCUGACUUGGUUAGCCAACACCGAACAAGACGUGUGAUCCAUGAGGACGAAUCUUGAAAUAAAGCCAGUUCUCGAGCCUUCUCCAGUGGAAUGGAUGUCAUAAAAACAAAUCAUUUGGCAAGCUAAUAGUUGGCUGUUUAAGUCCUGGAGUCUUGGUUGUUUACUGCCAUUAAAAGAUAACAACUGAUACAUUAUGCUUUUACAUGCAGCUGUAUAACAGCUAUAUUGCUGUAUUACUGCUCUAUAUUUUGUGUGCUUUUGUAGUUUGUUUUCAGAGAACUAACCAGAAAGUCUGUGUAAGCUGCAUAGUGCCUACUUUAGAUUAUAUUUCAACAUCAGUGUUAAAAAAAAAUAUGUUGCACAUUUAAAUCAAGAGGGAUCCCUUAUGUUUAUGUGAACUGUUACAGGCUUUUGUCUUCAGUACCAUUUUUUUUUUCUUCCAUAAAGACUGGACUGGCUUUUGUGCCACAAUGAUAUAAAUAUGAUCAAUUUUGUUUUCAUGAUUAGACAACUUUGCUAAAAAAACACUGUCUAAAAACUCUAAGUCUAUCAGUUUGGUCUUAUAGUGGUUUUGGGCACUUUUCAAGUGAGACCAGAUUUCCGACCAGCUAAACACCAGCUUGGCCAGGCUGAAAGACCAUUAAACAAGCUAAAGCUAGUUGGUUUAAGAUGUGUUUUUGAUAGCAAGUUUGUCUAUUCAAUGCUAUGUUUGGGCCUUCUUUCAGUAUUGUUUAUCAGUUCAAAAAGGAUGUUUUUAACUUUGUAAUAUACGAGGUAUCUCUGAAUAAAAUGGCAGCAAUGAACUCAGAAAAA